CUGAAGCAAAAGGGCCACCCAGAAGUUGAAAAGAAAUGGCCGAGAGUGCAGUGUCGUUUCUACUGAGCAAGCUGACUUCCAUACUCGAAGAACAAGUGCAGCUGCUGAGUGGAGUUCACAAAGAGGUUCAGUUCAUCAAAGAUGAACUAGAGCGCCUCAGUGCCAUCUUAAGGGUGGCUGAUUCUUUGGAGGACGAAGACCCUGAACUCAAAGUUUGGGUGAAGCAAGUCAGAGAUGUGGCUCAUGACAUGGAAGAUGCCAUAGAUGAGUUCACUAUUCGCCUUGUGAGUCAUCGUGAGCAAGGCCAAAAUUCUUGUCUCAGCAGGUUUUCUUCCGCCAUCAAGGCUCUCAGAGCUCGGCAUUGGAUUGCUUCUGAGAUUCAAGAGAUCAAAGGCAGAUUGGAAAACAUCUCAAAGGGUCGUUGCAACAUGACUGAGACUGGAUCAAGCUUCCGUAAUCAGUAUACAUCAAGGCUUGAUAGCCAAGACGAUGCGCUUUUGCUUGAUGAAGCUGACCUUGUGGGUAUUGAGAAGCCUAAAAAGCAUUUAAUUGACUUACUUUUCGAGGAGGAACCUGGAAGAGUAGUGAUUCCUAUUUAUGGAAUGGGAGGAUUGGGGAAAACCACGCUGGCAAAGCAGGUCUAUGAUGACCCAAAAGUGAAGAAGCUUUUCAGGAUGCACGCAUGGGUCACUAUUUCCCAAUCUUUCAAGAUCCAUGAGCUCCUAAGAGAGCUGGUUCAACAGCUCCAUAAAGUUAUAGGAAAAUCAGCUCCUGCAGAAGUUGGCACCAUGAAAAGUGGCAGUCUAAAGGAGGUGAUCAAGAGUUUGCUUCUGCAAAGAAGGUACCUGAUCAUCCUGGAUGACAUUUGGCGAGUAAAUGCAUGGGAUGCUAUUCAACAUGCUUUGCCUAACAACAACUAUGGCAGUAGAAUCAUACUCACAACUCGGAAUAAGGAUGUAGCAGCUUAUUCUUGCACCAAAUUCCAUGAUAAGGUCUAUAACUUGGAUUUUUUGCCUCAGCAUGAAUCAUGGUCUCUUUUUUGUAACAAGACCUUUCGAGGGAAUCCAUGUCCUCCUCAUUUGGAGGAGUCUUGCAAGUGUAUCUUGAAAAGAUGUGGGGGAUUGCCUCUUGCAAUUGAGGCAAUCAGUGGUGUUCUGGCUUCAAAAGACAGAACCAACUUGGAAGAAUGGUUGAUUGUUUGUAAGAGUUUUGCAUCUGAAAUUGAAGGCAACGACAAACUGGAGGAUACAAAGAAAGUGCUUUGUUUAAUUUUCAACGAUUUGCCAUAUUAUCCUAAAUCAUGUUUGUUGUACCUAAUCAUCUUUCCAGAAUUUUAUGCUAUUGAACGUAUCAAGUUGAUUCGGUUGUGGAUAGCUGAAGGAUUUGUCAAUGGAGAAGAAGGAAUGACACCAGAAGAAGUUGCAGAGAGUUAUCUGAAGGAGCUCCUGAAUAGGAGUUUGAUACAAGUGGUAGAGAAACACAGUGAUGGCAGGAUCAAGACUUGUCGUAUCCAUGAGUUUCUACGGGAGAUCAUCAAUUUAAAGUCAAGAGAUCAGAACUUUGCAACAAUAGCCAAAGACCAGGACAUAAUCUGGCCAGAGAAAGUUCGUCGUCUAUCAGUAAUGAAUAGUUUACAGAACAUACAGCAAACUAAGACCUCAUUCCAACUACGUUCUCUGCUAUUGUUUGCUUUAUCUGAUUCACUGGGUCAUUUCUCCAUAUCUACAUUAUUUUCAAAUAAUUGCAGGCUACUUAGGGUGUUACAUUUGCAGGAUGCACCUUUGGAGUCGUUUCCUGCAGAGAUUGUCAACCUUUUCCACCUCAAGUAUCUAAGCUUGAAGAGUACGAAGGUGAAAAAUAUCCCAACCUCCAUCAAGAAGCUUCAAAAUUUGGAGACAUUAGAUCUCAAACAUUCCUAUGUCACUGAAUUACCACCUGAAAUCUUGGAGCUGCAUCAACUACGCCACCUCCUGGUGUAUCGCUAUAAGAUUGAAUCCUAUGACAAUUUCAACUCAAGGCGUGGUUUCAAGUUGCCAGGCUUGAUUGGAUGUAUGCAAUCUCUGCAGAAGCUUUGUUUCAUAGAAGCAGACCAAGGAAGUCAAGACUUGAUGGUUGAACUAGGAAAGCUAACCCAACUCAGGAGGCUGGGUAUGAGAAAGCUGAAGAAAGAAGAUGGGGCUGCUUUGUGCUCGUCCAUUCAGAAGAUGACCAAUCUCAGGUCUCUGUCCAUAACCGCAAGAAAAGAUUAUGAGAUCAUUGAUAUUCAGAACAUAGCCAAGCCUCCUACAUACCUUCGGCGAUUGUACUUAAGAGGACGUUUAGAGAAGUUACCUAAAUGGAUUACCUCUCUCCAAAAUUUGGUCAGACUGUAUCUAAAAUGGAGCAGUUUAAAGGAGGAUCCUCUAAUAUAUCUUCAAGAUUUGCCCAAUCUAAUACAACUUGAGUUUCUGCAGGUUUAUGUUGGCGAGAAAUUGCAUUUCAAACCAAAUGGAUUUCCAAGUCUGAAGCUUUUGGGCCUCGAUGAUUUAACUAAUCUGAAAUCUAUGCUUGUAGAGGAGGGGGCGAUGGCUAAUUUAAAAAGGCUGAUCAUCCAGCGAUGCGGAUCAUUGAAGCAGGUGCCUUUAGGCUUAGAACAUUUGACCAAGUUAAAAUCAGUCGGUUUCCUUGAUAUGCCUGAUGAACUGGUCAUGGCAAUACAUCCCAAAGGAGGUCAAGAUCACUGGAGAGUAGACCACAUACCAGUUGUUCAUUCAAUCUACUGGAGGUCAGGUGGUUGGGAUGUUUACUCAAUAGAAACUUCAGGGGGAACACGAACAGAGAGUUCUUCUAGUUUUAGUGCUUCAAUGACAAGUCAUGAACUUCGUUCUCUCUGGGAAUUCUAACUUGCCUACGAAAUAACAGUAAAGCCAAGGGAUUAGCUGGUUUUCAUGUGAUUCAGAAGCAGAGCCCCAUGCGGUGAAUUGAUCAGUACGGCAGCAUAAAAUCAUGAAUAAUUCCUUUUGUAAUUACUCUUAUCAAAAUUCAAAAUACGUAUUCCUUAGUGAACAGGAUAUUUUUCCCAAUGCUAUUCACUUCUUCAACUUUCCUGCAGAAUUUGACCCACUUGACCAGUGCAAGUAAAGCCGUGUCCUUUGAAGUAUUUUUGUUGAUUUUAUUAUUCUUCAAGUUUGCUGCUAUUAUGUUAUAUGACUUCCAAUAACUCCAAUACAUUACGUAAGGUGUUGCUGUUGGUAUUACAAUUCAUUUGAGGUUGGAAACGUC